GACCGGCUAGGUUCUGGGGGGUGGUCACGCGAGUGACGCAAAACUAGGAGCUCAACAUUUCCCUCCCCUGCACCUCCUCUCCUUCCCUGACAUCUGGAACUUGCGGGGAACCUCUUUUACUGUAGUUCCCAGUCUGCGAAUAGCCUUUGAGGUUCCGAUUCACCGCAGCCUUGACGAUAGCACGAGUGAGUGAAUUGAGUGAGUGGGCGAGUGAGUUGCUACGGCAACGUUGAUCAGGAUGGCGGGCUGGGACAGGUCCAACGAGCCGAGGCGGCGGAAGCAGGAGAGGGGAGGAGAAGAGGGGCUACCAAACUUUGAUACAGACUUUGUUAACGAAGCCGACAUCGCCGCCUUCGAAAGAGCCAUCAAUGCACCCGAUGCCACAGACGAGGACUUUAUCACCGCCUUGAACGACUGGAAGCCAAUCAAGCAGCGGAUCCGACGAAAGCGGCCGAAAAUGCGACCCAGGAGAGGAAAGGACGAGACGAGGGAAGGCUUCGUCUACCAGUUGCUCAAAUGGCCGUUAUUGACGAUUGUGUUUGCCUGGAUCCUUAUUCUUUCAAUCCUCUACACGAUGACCCGCUUCUACGUCUCCCAAUACGAGUACUGGGUAACCUGGCGCGGGCGACGAGAACGCCUUCGCCGAAAGCUCCGCUCGACAAAGACUUACGAGGAGUGGAAACUUGCCGCCAAGGAGCUGGAUAGCUAUCUCGGUGCUGACACUUGGAAGGCUGAAGACGCGUUUGCUUACUACGACUACUCGACGAUCAGGAAGGCUGUGGCAAAUAUAUGUCGUCUUCGACAGAAAGCCGAAGAAGAGGAGCGAGCGGGGGGUACGCUCGUGAAGGCUUGCGUUAAGAGUAAUUUUGCCGGGAUCGAGAGCUUUAGGAUGUACUCGCAGACGUACUACGGGACCAAAGAUCGAGUCCAGGAGUUUAUUCGGGAACUUGAAAAGAGCUUAAAGUUCUUGCUCGAGACGAAUUCCUUGGACAUGGAAGAGAAGAGAGUGCUGUUCAAGCAUCUGUCUAGCAACUAUGGGCGGACGGCUCUAUGCUUAUCUGGUGGUGCUAGCUUUGCCUAUUAUCACUUUGGUGUCGUAAAGGCACAUCUAGAUGCCGGCCUCCUUCCAACCGUCAUUACAGGAACGUCUGGGGGAGCACUUGUCGCGGCAUUAGUCUGCACUCGAACAGACGAGGAACUAAAAAAGCUGCUUGUCCCAGCGCUCGCCCUGAAAAUCACUGCAUGCCAUGACGACACGCUUACCUGGCUCCGCCGCUGGUGGAAGACCGGCGCGCGCUUCGACAGCGUAGACUGGGCCCGACGCCUCUGCUGGUUCACGCGUGGAAGUCUAACCUUCAAAGAAGCCUACGAACGCACAGGACGAAUCCUAAACAUUUCAUGCAUACCCUCCGAUCCCCACUCCCCCUCCCUCCUCCUAAACUACCUCACAGCCCCAGACUGUUGUAUCUUCUCCGCAGUCCUCGCCUCUGCCGCUGUCCCGGGCAUCCUCAACCCCGUAGUCCUAAUGACCAAAACCCCGCACCACCCCUUCACAAUAACCCCCUUCUCCUUCGGCCACAAAUGGAAAGACGGCUCACUCCGCACAGACAUCCCACUCCGCGCGCUAAACACGCACUUCAACGUAACCUUCAGCAUAGUCUCGCAGGUAAACCCACACGUGAACAUCUUCUUCUUCUCGCCCCGCGGCUCUGUCGGUCGUCCAGUGACCCACCGGAAAGGAAAAGGCUGGCGCGGAGGUUUCUUGGGUUCCGCGUUAGAGCAAUACCUAAAACUCGACAUGGCGAAAUGGUUAAAAGUCCUCCGACACUUGGAGUUAUUGCCAAGACCGUUGAGUCAGGACUGGAGCAGCGUUUUCCUACAAAAGUUCGACGGGAACAUCACAAUCUGGCCGAGAACGAGGGUGAGCGAUUUCUGGUACAUACUCUCGGACCCGACGGUGGAGAGAUUGCGCAGGAUGCUGGAGGUCGGGCAGAGGUGUACCUUUCCGAAACUGGAGUUUGUCAGGAAUAGGUUGGCGGUUGAGAGGGUUGUUGAGCGGGGGCGGAGGAUCACACGUGGUGCUGGGAAGGCGGAGCUUGUCGCUGGGGGUCAGGUGCGAGGGAGGAAACCAUCGCCUCUUCCUCUUCCUUCUCCUCGGGGGGAGGAGAAGGGGCAGGAGAAGAAAAGCUUCAACUGGUUCCACUGGCCGUCCCCCACUGGGCGCUCAACCAACGUGGACGGGAAUCAUAGCAACACUAGCGUACUGGAGGAAAUGGAGAACCAUGAAAGGGUCUUUUUCGACGAUGACUACGGUGGGAGUAGCGGGAGUGUUUCCAGCGAUGAGGAGGCGAUGGAGAAGUUUGAGGCUGCCGGAAUUGCCGGUGGGGGGAUUUGA